AUGACUCAUGAGUGGAAUUACUUACCAAUGGUGAUGCAGUGGUGGCAACGUGGAACGAUUUUUCCUAAUAAUUUACGGUUCCUCACAGUACUUUGGAGAAACGAAGGCUCUCAUUCUCUGCUCUCUCUGCACUCGGUUGAUGAACGAAACCUGAAGAUAACUGGAUUGAAGGAUGACUUGGUAAAUCGACUGGACGAAGCGAUUCGAAUUGAGUGGGCAACUUUAGACACGCAAAAAGGUGAGAAUUUAGAUCACGAGAGUGAACCUAUUGAUCCUAAUAGCACUAUCAGUGUAACCGCAGCCCAGCCAACUUCUGCUGAGGGAGCACAUGAAACCAAUAAGCUUGAAGAGGAUGAAAUUGUGAAGACAUUGCAGAAUGAUGCUGUUCUGAUUGGGGAACCAAGAGAUUUAGAUGCCUCCAUGGAGAGCAGUGACAUUGCUAAUGUGGCUGUUGGUAAUCUGACGAUGUCCAGCAAGCAAAGACUAAAUGACAGUGACAUUACCGCGGACAAUGACGUAUUGAAGUCAUCCAGUAAGGAAGCACUUGAAAAGAACAAAGGGGAGUCUGGGAUCGAGGUUUUGAAGCAUGGCAAGAAUGAUGAUAAUCUUGUUGAGGAACCAGGGAUGGUGGUAGCGUCUGUUGAAAGCGUUGGCAUUUUUCCUGUGGCUGUGAGUGCCCAGAUCACGUCCUCUGAUAGAACACUUCAGGAUACCAACACUAAGGUAGACGGUAACAAUAUUUGUGCAACAUUAAUUCCAUCUGGAGAGAAACCAAUAGAAAUCCAGGAUUGUCAGGUGAAGAAAGAAAUUUUCAAGCCUUUGCAGAUGGAUACUGAAUGCGACGUGUCCUACUCUAGCAACCAACUGCAUGGUGUGUCCUACCCAAGCAACCAGUUGCAUGAGGUCAGCCCUAAUAUAGAGUUUCAGGUGAAAUCUGAAUCAAUUUCUACUGAUACUUUGUCAUUUAAUGAAAAAAAAGAACUAAAAGAUAAUUUGAAUGCUGAUAAUGUCCAAUUAGAACCAGAAGUUGCUAGGACAGAACUGGUGCAACCAUCUUCCAGCGAAAACCUUUCACAUAAUGACAUUUUUCAUCGCUUGGAUGAUAGAAUGCCAGGUGUUAAUCAGGGUUUUGUUGGAGAAGAUGAUGAUGAAAAAUCUAGAAACAUGGAAGUUAGCCAUAAAAAUGUUAAUUCAGAUAUUAACAUUUCAGAUAAGGUAGGGGAAGAUAAUAAGCUAACUCAUGUGACCAUAACAAAAUAUAGCAGUCCAGAGCAUGCGGCUGAGCCAGAAAGGAUGGAAUCUUCUGCUGAAGAGAAAUUUGGCUUUGCUGAUUCUGUGAAGAAUGGAAAUUCACAAGAGAAUAAAUCGCCAGAUUUUGGUUUCGGCAAAAUAGCAAAAGUCCCUGAUGGGGAUCACCUGGAAAAAAUAAAUUUAGAGCAAUCUUCAGCUGAUGAUUCCAUGGAGGAGGAUGUAUCGGAGGCGAGGCAUUUUGUCUCUGAUCAAAAUGAUGCUGAAAUUAGCAAAAAAGCUGAGCCACUGGAUAAUUCUGGUACAGUAGAAAGUGGCAGCAUUGAUGCUGUGCAUACUGAUUUCCCUUCUGAUAAGUUGGAACCUUCUCUUGAAAAUGAGAAUAAGGUUGCUUCUGAUAUUCCUUUAGACAAGUUGGAACCUUCUCUUGAAAAUGAGAAUAAGAAUAAGGUGGCUUCUGUUUCUGAGAAGAGAAGGUUUCAAGCAGCAACAGUAGCUGAUGAGAACGCACCUCCAAAGAGACAGCGUAGGUGGAAUAGUGAAUAUGUUAAAGUUCCAGAACAACAAAACUCAAGAGUUUCGGUUACUACCACACCGAAUAGUGUAUAUCUGGCUGUUUCAGAAAAGCCUAAUGUCGCUGUAUCUGACUCUACCCUCGAGGAAGUUGCACCAAAGGAACGCAUUGUACCACCAUCAGCUAAAACACCCACCAAUUCACUCCGAAUUGAUAACUUUCUGCGCCCCUUCACAUUAAAAGCUGUUCAAGAGCUUCUGGGCAGAACUGGUAAAGUUAGCAAUUUUUGGAUGGACCAGAUCAAGACCCAUUGUUAUGUGACGUAUUCUUCGGUGGAGGAAAGCAUUGAGACUCGAAAUGCUGUCUACAACCUCCAGUGGCCAACAAAUGUUGGGCGGCUCCUGAUUGCAGAUUUUGUUGAUCCUGAGGAAGUGCAACAGCGAAUCGAGUCUCCCCCACAGUUUGCUGUGCUGCCUGUAAGCACGAGCCCUUUGGUGGUUCCAAUACAGAGUCCAAGCCAGCCAGCAAAACCUUUCCAACAGGUGCCAAACAAGCAGUCCGAGCCUCGACAUCCCCUAUCACGGGAGAUUCCUCCUUCUGGUGCACCUAGGCUGAAUGAGCAGUUAUCCCAGGUACCAUUAACAGUUCCAGAGGAAGUUGAUCCCCCAACUCUUACUUUAGAUGACUUGUUCCGGAAAACCAAAACCAUCCCCAGAAUCUAUUAUUUACCAUUGACUGAAGAACAGGUUGCUGCAAAGGUGCAAAAGAAAGAUUGA